GGAGCCUGGGUGAGGAAAAGUGGGAGGGCUGAGAACUAGGCAUCUGGGGGCGAUGGGUCCCCGCGUUCCGUCCCUGUCAGGACCCUUGGCAGGGGGCCUGGGAGGCGGCGGUGGAUGGAGGGCUGCCCCUAAGUGGGAGGCCACGGAAAGCCUCUCAUUCUGGGGGCUUCUCUCUGCCAUCCCCAUUUGGAGAGCUAUCCCGCAGGAGAGAGGGUGGGGGUCUGGGUCUCCUUCACGGGGAGAAAAGUUCCCCCACAAGCCCAGUUUCCCCCUUUAUUAAUUGAACUCCCUUUCCUUCACUCCCAUCCCCCAUCUGUAGUCGGGGUCCCGGUGCCCCUCCAAGCGAUGGGCAGGGUCCGCUGGGGCUGGGAAGGAGGGAAAGGAGACUGAAGGACGUGACACAAGUUCCCUCCGCCCCCUGCUUCCCCGCCACCGCCGCUCUCCAAAUUGGCGCGGAACCGGCUUCUCUACAGUGUUUCGCCUCCACAGCCCCCUCUCCCCGCGGCUCGGGCAGGAUGGGAGGGGGGAAGUAGGGGCGCUGCCCAAGCCCCACUCGGGCUGUCCGGGGGAGAGACUGCAGGACGCAGAAGAGACCCAUCUGCCUCCCUGCGCUUUCCGGGCGCUGAGGGUGGUUUGCAAAUUUCUGAAGACGCUCUCAUCCGGGCUGUACAUUUCGUUGAGGAAAUGCAGGCAUGUGUCCAAAAGCAUGAGUCCGAAAUCAUGCACUAACAUACUGCAGAAAUCAUCGUCAGGUUUCAUACACCUGAAAGAAGAGAAUGUCAAGACGCAGUAGCCGUUUACAAGCUAAACAGCAGCCCCAGCCCAGUCAGACGGAUUCCCCACAAGAAACCCAGAUAAUUCAGGCCAAGAAGAGAAAAACGGCCCAGGAUGUCAAAAAAAGAAAAGAGGAGAAGGUCAUCAAGAAACAUCAGUAUGAGAUUAGGAAUUGUUGGCCACCUGUAUUAUCUGGGGGGAUCAGUCCUUGCAUUAUCAUUGAAACACCCCACAAAGAAACAGGAACAAGCGACUUCUCCAGAUUUACAAAUUACAGAUUUAAAAAUCUUUUCAUUAAUCCUUCACCUUUGCCUGAUUUAAGCUGGGGAUGUUCACAGGAUGUUUGGCUAAACAUGUUAAAAAAAGAGACCAGAUAUGUUCAUGACAAACAUUUUGAAGUUCUGCAUUCUGAAUUGGAACCACAGAUGAGGUCAAUACUUCUAGACUGGCUUUUAGAGGUGUGUGAAGUAUACACACUUCAUAGGGAAACAUUUUAUCUUGCGCAAGACUUUUUUGAUAGAUUUAUGUUGACACAAAAGGAUAUAAAUAAAAAUAUGCUUCAACUCAUUGGAAUUACCUCAUUAUUCAUUGCUUCCAAACUUGAGGAAAUCUACGCUCCUAAGCUGCAAGAGUUUGCUUAUGUCACUGAUGGUGCUUGCAGUGAAGAGGAUAUCUUAAGGAUGGAACUCAUUAUAUUAAAGGCUUUAAAAUGGGAACUUUGUCCUGUAACAGUCAUCUCCUGGCUAAAUCUCUUCCUCCAAGUUGAUGCUCUUAAAGAUGCUCCUAAAGUUCUUCUACCUCAGUAUUCUCAGGAAAAGUUCAUUCAGAUAGCUCAGCUUUUAGAUCUGUGUAUUCUUGCCAUCGAUUCAUUAGAGUUCCAGUACAGAAUACUCGCUGCUGCUGCCUUGUGCCAUUUUACCUCUCUUGAAGUGGUUAAGAAAGCCUCAGGUUUGGAGUGGGACAACAUUUCUGAAUGUGUAGACUGGAUGGUGCCUUUUGUCAGCAUAGUAAAAAGUACUAGCCCAGUGAAGCUGAAGGUUUUUAAGAAGAUUUCUAUGGAAGACAGACACCAUAUACAGACACAUACAAAUUACCUGGCUAUGCUGGAUGAAGUAAAUUAUAUGAACACCUUCAGAAAGGGGGGACAGUUGUCACCAGUUUGCAAUGGAGGCAUUAUGACACCACCGAAGAGCACUGAAAAACCACCAGGAAAACACUAAAGUUAACUGAGCAAACAAGUUGGAACUGAUGAAGCGCUGCGUAGCAUUUCAUAGAACUUAACUACUUAAGUUUUACAGGAAAAUAGUGCUGUGGCUGUCCUGGCCGAUUCAGAAGUUUCACUGGCAUUCUUUGAUUUAAAAAACCACUUAAAAUUGGCACUCACUAAGGAGGAAAUUUAAUUCCUAUGUUCGCUGUUUAAAGAAACAGCAGGACUUGUUUACAAAGAUGACUUCAUUCCCAACACUGACUGGAUAGAAGCCAGCCAUGAUUCAUGACAUAAGAAUUUUUUUGAUAUGGUGUUACUGUGUUUAUCUUGAUAAACUAGGAAUUUCAUCAUUGGAGUUUUUGACUAGAUAAGUGCUACCUUAAAGGGUACAUUAAGUGAUACAGUACUUUGAAUCUAGUUUUUAGAUUCUCAAAAUUUAUAAACUCUUUAACUAGUGCAAUUUGGUUCUUGAAAAUAAAAUUUAAACUUGUUUACAAAGGUUUAGUUUUGUAAUAAGGUGACUAAUUUAUCUAUAGCUGCUGUGGCAAGCUAUAUAAAACUUGAAUUUUUAAAAAUGGUGAACUUUAAUCUGUUUGACUAUUUUUAUUUGCCUUGCCGUAACAUUUUUAACCAGUAAACCUUCGAUGAACAUGGUGUUUAAACUGUGCGCUAAACAGUGGGAAUACCAAAGAAGUUAUGAACAAGGUAAACGCUGUAGCUCCUCCAUGGGGCUCUGACGUAUAAGUUGCUUCAUAAUAACUUUUUCGUACAUCACAAUUUGGGCGAAGAACUUAAGUACCCUUUCAAACUAUUUAUAUGAGAAAGUCACUUUAUUACUCUAAAAAAAAAAAAUCUUUAGGGUUAUCUCAGUUUAGUGUGACUAAGGCUUUAUUUAUGUUUGCAAAACUGCUAAGGUCCUUUUUAAAUUCCUACAUUAUGAGUUAAGGACAGUGUCAAAGUGAUAAAGCUUAACACUUGACCUAAACUUGUAUUUUCUUAAGGCAGAAAAGCAGUAAAUGUAUACGACUCCUAGAAAUCUAUUUAUUUAAAAAAAAAAAACAAAACCUUGACAUAAGAACUUGCUGUAUAUAGCUACUUCUACAUAAAUAUUUUAGUUUUUUAAAAAUGAAAUUUCAGCCUCAAAAGUGGAUUUGAUUAGAAAAAUUAUACUAGAUUACUAGUUUAUUCUGUUACUGGACAUGUGAAUCUCUUCUUCCUUUGAAGAAAUUAUAAAUUUAAGCUUAUUGUUAUGGUGUGAAGUCUUCUGUAGAGUUUUUGUUUUUAAACUAAUAUGUUUCAGUAUUUUGUCUGAAAAGAAAACGCCACUAAAUAUGUAAAUAUGUAUUAUAUAAACUUAAUCUUUUAAUACUGUUUAUUUUUAGCCCAUUGUUUAAAAAAUAAAAGUUAAAAAAUUUUAACUAA